UGAUCUUGACGACUACGGAAUCCUCAGGCUUCAUGAACUAGUUUACAGAGCUCUGCCAAGGCCUGUAGACGUGCUUGGUUUUCAGUGCCAAGAAUUGAAGAAAAAAGGAUGUUCUCGUCAAUCAAAAAGCACUUUGAGCUUUUAGGUGGUCGCUCAAGGCUUCACCGCAUCAGGGGAAGCCCUUCUGUUGAGGUGGACGCCCACAGUGAAAAUGCUACUUCACCUGAGGGCGCCGGUCGUACCCCGCUGAUCCACAGCCCCGUAGAACUCAAAAGAGGCUGCAGGAAGGAGAAGCGGCACCUCUUCUUGUUCAGCGACUUGUUGCUUAUAACUAAUACCAAUUACCAAAAAACCCUAAAGAUAGAAAAUGAAAUACCAUUGAACACCAUAUGGACUGCCAACUGUUCGGACGAAGUGGGGGAAGCCAACACCUGUGCCAGCAGGUCCUUUGUCUUGGGCUGGCCCACGGUGACCUUCGUGGCCACCUUCAGUUCUUCAGAACUAAAGGAAAAAUGGCACUCUUCCCUUCAAAGGUACAUCAAUCUAGCCAAAGAGAAGGACCAGCCAAAAAGCAUUCCCCUCAAAAUCUUCACUGAGGACAUUAAGAACUGUGUCUGUUCUGUAACUGUAACAGUAACAAAUUCAGACACAGUGAAUGACACUAUCAACAAGUCACUACCAAUGCUAGGAAUAACUGGCUCUGAGAAAGAUUACCAGCUGUGGAUCAGUUCUGGCAAGGAAGAGGCCCCAUGCCCACUCACUGGGCAUGAACAUCCCUAUGGAAUUAAAAUGAGCCAUCUUCCAGCUACUGUGCUCCUGCCACAGGGACCAGAGGACUCCGCCUCUCCUUCCACCCUCCAGGAGUUCCCAGAGAUGCCAGGCCAGUUCAUCUUGAAGCCCAGGCACCCAGCCAGGAACCAGCAGGGGAGAGAUUCAGGCCAGAAGUCAGCUAAAAUGAAUUCUCUGGGCAACUGGGCCUCUUGGCAGGGCUCCGGCACCGGGGGGGACCUCCGGGGCACACCUCCACCGUCCGCAAAGCCGGGACAGCUCUUCGGCGUUGGCCUCCAGAAUGUGUGUGACAACGACAAUCUGCCCGCCUCCAUUCUGGAUAUGCUUCUCCUCAUCAAUCAAAAAGGGCCGCUCACAGAAGGCAUCUUCAGAAAAUCGGCCAAUAUAAAAUCAUGCAGAGAGCUAAAGCAGAAACUGAAUUCUGGGGACAAAGUUUAUGUGCAAGCCGAAUCUGUUCUUGUGGUGGCCUCUGUCUUAAAGGAGUUUCUUCGAAGUAUCCCCGGAAGUAUAUUUACAUCCAAUCUCUAUGAUAAGUGGCUUGGUGUAACUGAUCAAGGGAACGAGCAGGAGAGACUCACUGCCGUUCAGAGGCUUUUAGACCAGCUUCCGACAGCCAACCUGGUGCUCUUGAGAUAUCUGUUUGGAGUGUUACACAAUAUCCAGAGCCAAUCAUCACACAACAAGAUGACCUCUUAUAAUUUAUCAACGUGUAUAGCCCCGAGCCUUCUUUGUUCACCGAAUGCCUGCAGCUGGGAAUCGGAAAGUGACACAAGAAGAAAGGUUUCUCUGGUACAAUUCCUCCUUGAGAAAUGCCUGAGGAUAUUUGGAGAAAACAUCCCUUCCCUCUUGGGGGAGAGCUCCACGAGUUGUGAUCGCAGCCAGGAGGCCACGGAGACCAGGACUGAUUUGAUUGACUUUGGUGAGCAACAGACUGCGAGGCCGCCGGGGCUCAUGGGAGAUGCUUAG